AUGUCACAGUCUCCUCCAUCUGAAGUCCUACAAGAAAUUUUUCAUCAUUUUGAGGAUGACUCUUAUGAUUUACAUUCUUGUGUUUUAGUCAAUCGUAUUUGGAGUGCAAAUGCUGUUCAACUAUUAUGGAAUAAACCUUUCCACCUUUUACUAAACAAAAAAUUUAAUUCUUCUCACCAUCUAAUUUCAACUUAUUUAUCAUGUUUAGACCUUGAAGAAAUAUAUAAUCUUGAUUUGAAUUUAAUUCCUCAACGAAAUUCUAUCUCUUCAAAAAAUUUUAUUCCUACUUUUAAUUAUCCUUCAUUCUUAAGACAUUUUGCUUAUUUAUCAAUGGUCGUUUCUGUUCAAGAAUGGUGUGUGAUUAAUAAUCUUUAUGUAGGUGAUGGUAGUCCCAUUAUGCAAAAAAUCAUAUUAGCUUUAUUUCGUUUAUUUGCCAAACACUCCUCGGGUCUUAAAUCAUUCUCUUUCAUUUUAAUUUUACGUGAACCAAUAGUUCGACAAUGGUUAAGUCAAAUUAAAGAAUUCGAAUUUGCUGGCGAUUUUGCUAGCGAUAAAGAUUUUCCCAUUUUGAUGCAGAUUUGUAAACAUCUUAUAAAGAUGGAAGUUAGAUUACCAGAUUUCGGUUAUAACGAUGAUGAUGAACAUUAUGAUUCUAGUGCUGAACUUACCGCUCGUUUCAUAGAAUCACAAACAGAAUUAGAACAUUUCAUCCUUCGUGACUGUCAUUACCCUCAAGCAUUAGGUACGGCACUCAUACGUCAACAAAACACUUUACGUUAUAUACAAUUUUGUGAUAUAGUGUUUGAUAAAUGGUGUCCUCUGGAUUGGUUACCAAAAUGUUUUAAUCUUGAAAUUUUGGAAUUCUGUGAUUCUGAAAGUUUGAGUCCCAAAGUUUUGGCCCCUCUUAUAUUAGCUCCACUUACCAAACUUCGUUCUAUAACUUUUAAAGAAGAUCCUGUACCAGUUGAUACUUUGGAAUCUUUAAUUUUAGCUAGUAAAUGGAAUUUGGAAGAAAUUAUUUUUGGAUGGCCUGAAGAUUGUAAACAAGAUGGUUAUGCUCAUAUAUUAAAUUCUAUUUCGUUGAAUUGUCCAAAUCUUGUGAGACUUGGUGCUAUGAUCGGUCCAAAUGAAAUAGGUGAAUUAUUUGGAAUUUUAAAAAGUUGUAGAAGAUUAAAAUAUUUACAUAUUUAUGGAAAUGGUAGAUCUUUUGAUGUAAGUGGUAUAUUACCAGAACUUGGAAAGAUCAUGCCUAGAACUCUAAUAGAAUUAAAUAUAUCAGCAAGAUGGAGAUUUAUGCCUGAUAGUUUAAGGCAAUUUUUGGAAAAUUGUAGUUUAUUGGUCGAAGAACAACAUGAGGUGUUCAAGGAUGGUGUUCCUUUGAAAAAUUUCGUCAUAAGUAUUUGUGAUUUCAUUAAUGAUGAACAUCUGAGAAUUUUGGUUAAACAUUCGAUGAAAUCUUUAAAAUUUUUUUCUUUGUGGAAUAAGAAAUUCAUGGUAAGCGAAGCUGGAAUUGACAAAGCAAGUCAAUGGUUAAGAAAAUCUGUUGUAUAA